AUGGGGAAGAAAGUAAACACGGGCCUACGGGUGGGCACACAAGCCAACUGCGCAUUCGCGGAGGCACGUGCCAGCGCGCGCGCCUUCCAUCACGCUUGUUCUCAAGGAGAACUACAUACUUCACCGUCGACAUGGCCCGUCAAGGUGGGUUGGGGUUGUGACGCAUUAGAUACGCGGAAACUGACAACUUUUUCAGAUCCAGCGUCCAGCCUGCAUCAGCGGGGCCAGAAAUUAUACCAAAAGGGCGAUUUCAAGGCCGCCAUCGAGGCCUUCAGUGAGGUAGCUGCCCCACUGCUUGUCCCCAACUGUCUUGCUAACAGUAAAUCUCAGGCGCUGAAUCAGAAAAAUGGCGACGCAAUUGGUGUCUUGGACAAUCGUGCCGCGACCUAUUCAAAACUCGAGCAGCUUGACCUGGCGCGUCGAGACGCGAAGCAGAUGAUCAAACUGGGUAAGAACAACGAUGAACGUGUAAGUGUUGACCUCCGAACCUCUACCAUGUUUAUCCUCACGUGUGGAAUUCAGGGAUACCUGCGUUGUGCCAAGGUACUUCUGCUGGAAGGGAAAGCGAACAAGGCGCUUGAAAUCUACGCCUAUGGCUUGAAGAUGCUCCCAGCUGAUCAUCCACGACGCUCCUUUCUCCAAAAGUUUCACGACAAACUCUACGACAAGAUGUUUGUCAAUCGUCGAGAUCCGUUUACGGCCCUGCCCCUUGAGGUGGCCUUUGAGAUUCUCAAGCACUUUUCCUUCAAACAAGUCGUGGCAAUCCUUCGCGUUUCCAAAACUUGGGAACAAUUCUUCACCUCGAUGCCAAAUUUGUGGAUGAGCAUGGAUCUUUCCGGGGCUCGAGGAAAGGUACCAUGGACUGCCGUCCGAGCAUAUAUCCGGCGAUCAAAGGCCCGGAUCACACAUGCGACAAUCAAAAACUUGGCAACUGCAUCGAUCUCAAAGAGCCUAGAGAUCCUGAGCAGAUGCCCGCAACUCGAAUACCUUGAACUCGGAGUCACAUACGACUACAGGGAGUUUUACAAAAAAUUUCAAGGCUGCAAAAGACUGAAGACUCUGAUUAUCUCUGCGGAUAUGGUCGUCACCCAGGAAUAUUUCGGGAAGUUUAUCAAUGCCUUUCCCCAUCUGGAGCGUAUUGCUCUUUUGAAUGUCAAGCAUUCGCCUCGGCAUAUUCACGACGGCAAAUGGCCUAGUUCUUUGCCAAACUUGAAAAGCAUUACCCUGGCAGGGAAAUUCCAGCAACCUCCGGGACACGAUCACGAAUACCCAAUUUAUAUCCCAUCUCUUUCAGAAAACCUCGAAACCCAUACAUAUCCGAACUUAGAAGAGCUGCGACUGAACUGGAACCCACCUAAACUAGACCCAUACUUCUUCACCCAAUUAUCUAAUGGUGAUGUUCUUCCCCCGCUUCGUCGACUAAGUCUCACCGGCGUGUCGAUUGGUGAAUCUUUUUAUUCAGACCUUCCCACAACCAUUGAAUACCUCUACCUUGAGGGUGGGAUGUACUCAAAUUUCGGGACAGACGACACUGGGAAGACACUUCCUAAUCUGCACACUCUCAUGCUUGUGGAUCUCAAGUGGCUCACGAGCCAGACCCUCAAUGCGUUCCUCGUCCAGGCUCAGGCACCUGUCCAAACAUUGCAUGUCACCGACUGCGUCCACCUCACCGGCCAGGAGUUCCUCCACGUCAUGAAGAAUGCUGCCUCUGAUGUCAAGUUGACCGAGUUAAGCAUCUUCCACAUGUUUAAUGUGGAUGAUACUGUUGCCCGACAUCUCCACACCCAUCUUCCUGACCUGAAGAUCCUUAACCUGAGUUUCACGAACAUCACAGGCUGCAGCAUCCGCAUGUUCGCGGAUGCCCGCGCAUCAGAUUCCCGUGAAGGGGCACGGCUUGAACGCCUGCGUGUCCAAGGCUGCGAGGAAGUCUCCUCAGAUGCCGUGGCAUAUGGGCGAGAACGAGGGUUGGAGGUUAUUACCCGUUGA